UCAAUGUUACAUUUCUUGUAGUAAUUGGCCUUUCUUUCGACAUUAUCUAAUAAUCACAAUGACAAUGAUUUCUCGAUUAACAAUUAGCGCUACUUUAAUUGUUUUCUUGGUUAUCAGCUUCUUGUUCUCAUGCUGUUUGGUUCGAUGUGAUUCCGUUAAAAUUUGGAACCUUGACUCCAAUCGACAUGAGGCUAACAAAUGGCUCUGGGAUGGCAGUUUAUGUCCACAAGAUCGGAUUAUUUAUCCAGAUGAAACCGUUAUUUAUAUCGAUAAACUGGUUCGCAAUCAACAAAUAGUCUUGCCCAACAAUGGAGAAAUAGUGUUGGAUGACAAUCUUGAUCUUAUUCAAGCAAAUGAUGCUGCUGUUUCUGAUUGUGAGCCUGUCGAUCGCAGAUUCAAGCUGAUUUCCGGUGAAUGGAUGGAUCCCAUGGUCUGGAACCAGACAUUGGCUGGCAUUGUUGUCAGUGGAAGUUGGGCAAAUAAUCCAAUUCCUCAUGUUGACCGUAUUCCGUGUACUAAAGAUCGAAUCGUAUUUCCUAAAGGAUUCACGUUUCAAACUUUUGUUGAUUUUAGUGAGAAUAAUCUGAAAGUUAAAUCUAUCCAGAUAAAUGGGGUAACAUUAAAUGAUCAAGAAUUCCAAUCAUUCAUUAGAUCAAAUUCAGGUCGUUAUGUCUUUGCGAUUCCCACUUCUAAAACUCUUACAAUUGAUCCUGAUAUUGGUAACGAUUGUGACACUGGGAACGGCUGUUCUUGUGAUAAUAGAGCAACGAAGUUUGUCAAUCGAAUAUGUAAAGGUGUCAAAUGUUCUCCAGUAAAUUGUGUAAAUCCGAUAAAACCAGAAGGACAUUGUUGCCCACUAUGUGGUGGUUUGAUCAAAUUAACUGGGAUUUCAAAGGUUUCUGAUCUAUCUGGCUUCAAAAGUUAUUUUGACAACUUUUGGUCAACUCGAUAUCCAGGGACAGUUGGUUAUGCUUCAAUCAGUCCACAGACAUAUACCCUUGAAAUCAUAAUAACUGAGUUGGAACAGUCAGGAUUGGCAAGUCGUUGCGUGCAGCAUUUGUAUGAAGAUUUGUCAAACGAUGAUAACAAAUUAGGAUUACAUUAUAAAUCUAUUGAAAUCAAAAUUUCAAAUUCAUCGGCUAAUGAAUCAUUACCUUUUUUUGCCGUCUUUCUUAUUACUGUACUAAUCAUUCUAAUAAUUUUUGGUUUCAUAAUGUAUCGACGUCGAUUUGGUAUGACUCUCACUUCAAUCUGGAAUAGAUCAGCCUUUUCAAAUUCUCAAUUUACGUUUAUAAGAUUCCAAGGAUUGGACGAAUCUGAAAGACUUGGCUUGGAACUUGGAUUAUCUAACCAACCUCACUCAGAUGAAGUAACGAUUAGUUCAUCCUCUUCAAAACCUAUUCUCAAGUCAACAUCAGCAUUGUUUUCAAUUUCUGAGGAAAAAGUUUCCAUUGGUGGUGAAAUCUCUGAAAAUGUAUCAACAGACGAAUCUCAAGACAAUCAAGUUGAACUAGAAACUGAUCUUGAACCAAGAUUAACACAUGACAAAGCUCUUCUUCUCGAUGUUGUCUCUCUAGAGCAAGAUUAAUUUAAAUUGGAUUCAAACUCAUCAUUAUUUUCAAAAUUAAUAACAAAUUGUAAAUUUAUUGAAACUAAUAAAAGGACUUUCUAAAGUCUUCCUCCUACAAA